AACCGAAUGCGUUCCCCAUUUUGACGAUAUACGCAGCUACAAGAUACUGAUCCAGUGUAUACCCUGAUGGAAGAGGAAGUGGAUGGUUGCAAUAAAAAUCUCUUUGUCGCAAAAAAAAACCACCAUUUACCUCAAACCUGCUCAAGCUUACUUUGUGAUAGCCCACAGAAUGAACAAAGUAGUAGGACGCGAACUAGUUCACAGAAAAACUCUAAAUCAUGCACUUCUUUACUACCAGUUUUCAGUAUUCCAUCCGAUCGAAAUCCUUCUUCAUAUGUGUAUGCUACAGAUGGCACUGAACGUGGACUGUGUGUUGUCUUUUCAAUUGACAAUUUUGAUCCUAUCCUUUGUUUACCUCCAAGAAAUGGUUCUUCAGUGGAUGUACAGCAUAUUAAGAAAGCCUUUCAGAAUCUUGAUUUCAAAGUUAUUGUACAUCCAAACCCAACAUCUGAAACGCUAUGUUCUGUAGUUCAAGCUGUUUCUAUGCAAAAUCUUCGUAAUCACGACUGUUUCGCCUGUGUCAUCCUCUCUCAUGGUGAUGAAGGUGGUGUGGUUUAUGCAACAGAUGGUGCUAUACCUUUAGAUCGUAUAAUGGCUCCAUUUCGUGGUGAUCAGUGUUCAGAUUUAAGAGGCAAGCCGAAACUAUUCUUCAUCCAGGCUUGUCGUGGAAUGGCACUUGACGAUGGUGUAUUCGUUUGUGAUGGACCGUUUUCAAGCUAUAAAUCAGAAGGUCCGGCUUCUUUAACUACACCACGACGAAUCCCGAUUGAAGCGGAUAUUUUUGUUGCGUACGCAGUUCAACCAGGUUACUAUGCUUUUCGUAACUCCGUCAAUGGUUCUUGGUUCAUACAAGCUUUGUCCAAUGCUUUAAUACGUUAUGGAAAUACAUUGGAUUUACUGAGUAUCAUGACACGCGUUAAUCAUGAAGUUGCUUAUGAAUAUGAGUCAACUGCAGCUAAUCCCGCUUUUUCUGGUAAAAAACAGAUGCCUUCAUUUGUGUCUACUCUAACUAAACAGGUGAUUUUCCCGCCUAAAUGCAAAAAAUUAUCUUAGUUUUCUGUAUCGGAAUCGGUGUAAUUUUUUGAAUUUCAACACUGUACAUAUGCUUUUAAAAAUAAUUGCAUUUUGAAGGAAUAUUAUUAGUUUAUGGUGUAAAUUUGGUCAAAAAGAACCAGCCUACACUUGUGUUUAUGAUUUUUCAAUAAAAUAGGCUAAUUUAUAAAUAAAUGUAAUACAAUAGGUGAUUUAUGUGGCCUGAGUUAGAACUACUUUUCGAUGCUGACUGCUUAUGCUUCAUACAACCGAAAAUCCUU